AGUUCACCAGUAUGGGAAGAUUUUACAUGUAAAGCAGGAAAACUUCACUCAUCUUUAAGAACAAGCCUUUUAGCAAUCAGUGCAUUUUUAGAUGCGUUUCAGAAAGUUGCAGAUUUAGCAACGGGUUCAAGAGGUGCUACCAAAGAAGUAGGAAGUGCUCUGACAAGAUUGUGUAUGAGACACAGGAGUAUUGAGAGUAAAUUAAAAACAUUGACUAGUUCAGUUAUGGAUGGAAUGGUAUUGCCAUUACAAGAGAAAUUAGAAGAUUGGAAAAAAGUUGUGGUACAAUUAGAUAGAGAUCAUUGUAAAGAAUACAAGAAAGCAAAACACGAAAUAAAGAAAGCUUCCUCUGAUACAGUCAGAUUACAGAAAAAGGUGAAAAAAGAUGGUGUUAAUAUUUUUACAGGUAAAAAUGACAUGCAAUCUAAAUUAGAUCAUGCCAUGCAUGACGUCAAUGAUAAAUAUAAGUUAUUGGAGGAAACAGAAAAGAAUGCAUUACGUACAGCAUUAAUAGAGGAAAGAGGGAGAUUUUGUUUGUUUAUUAGCUGUAUCAAACCAUUUGUGGAUAAUGAAGUAGCAUUAUUAACAGAAAUAACACACCUUCAAGAGAUUAUGCAUAGUUUAUGUCAACAAGCCAGUGAUCCCCAUAAUUUACCAGAAGCUAGUGAACAGGUCAUUACUGAUAUUAAAGGCAUUGAUGCUGCUACUUUUAAUUUAAAGGGAAAAAAUCAUCAACACUCGCCUCCCAGUUCCCCAAGUUCACUGGGAUCACGCAAAUCAAGCAUGUGUAGUAUUAGUAGCAUCAACAGUUCCUCAAGUGGUUCAUUAAAAUCUCAAUCACCAAGCCAUAGUUUACGAGCUAGAAAUGUUUCACAGGUAUAG